AUUGUGAGUGUGAUUGAAUCAUUAUGUAUUGCGAGAAAGUUGUCUACAAGUGAGCAGUACUGAAGCAAAAAAAAGCUUUUUAAUGAUUGUGAGUGGAAACUUCAAUUAAGCAAAAACCUAAUCAACAACAAAAGCAAACGGAAAUAAAAGAGUGUUUACCUUCGACACCGAACACGAAAGAGGUGGAAAAGCAUCGAAGAGCCGUUCGGUUUCCGAGAACGCGCUAACACCGAACACUAUACUGGAGAUAAUGUAGCACGAGAUGUCGGCCCUUCGCAAAUCAGCAUCGUUCCGAUCGCGGAUACCGGUGCGAAGAAGUCGGGUCUCCACCCGGCGCUGUGUUAGUCCACAGCCGUCGAUGUCAACGGUGACCAGUACCGGUUCGAUCUACUGUGGCAGUGAGUAUGGUCCCGCAGAAGGAACCGAUGCCGGUCCCAACGCCGGUAGACAGUGGUACGAGCGACGGUACUCAUCGACCAGUUAUUCCAGCAGCGACGAGAGCCACGAAUCGGAGGUACCACUGAAGCUGUUGCUCCAGCAGACGGUACCAGCUACCGGUGAUGAACGUGAUAGGGUCCGGAACCACAUUGCCAAUCUGAGUGUUUCCACCGAUGCCAUCAGCCUGGACGGGCUGCUGGAUUGCGUCAGUAGCGGAAGCUUCUCCAGUCCACCCUCGCCGAAGGGUUCAAAACCGCACCCGGGCUCAAACAUUUACCAAAACGACCCUCGUCCGUUCCAAACGAGCCAGCAGAAUAAAGACGGCAAACUUUCAUCCAGCUUCGAUUCGCUGGAAAAACUAAAUCUAGCCCUGGAAACGCUGAAAAUAACCGACACAUUUCACGCAGAGAAACAGGCAGUUAACCAGCGCUAUGAAAAUCAUCUUAACGACAAAGGACCCGACGAGCGGCAAACGGAAGCGGAUCUGCAAAAACAGCAAAAGCUAAGCGAUUGGUACUACAUCAAAUCCAGUCCCAAGCACAAAAUGAACAAAGCACCCGAUAGUCCGUGCGUUGAGCGUCGAAAACGUCGGAUUAUUACGACAAAAGACCAACCCCCACCACUGGCAACCAUCGCUUCGGCACCUGAUGCCGCGGAACGACUAGUACCACCAGCAGCUUCCACCACCUCCAGUGGUAUCACACGGCAAGGGCAAGUGCUGCUGACAAAAGUUUUAAUUGCCAGUAAAUAUUCUGCCGAAUUGAGUCGAGAAACGACUGUAGCAGGCCACAAGGAAAAUGAUUUCAACUAUACACGGCAGCCACCCAGCUCAAAGUUACCAAACAACGAUAAAUUGCCGUCCUUGCUCCCGGAUGGGAGGAUUCCCCGUGGUAUCGGUUGCGGAAAUACGAGCGACCACGUGCUCCCACCCCUGAAACCUACCGCAAUGCGACCCGGAGGCUGUCAGAGGUCAUCCUCGCCACCCACCGCAAUGGCAAUAAAUGACAGAGAACUGUCACCCCCGGUCAUGAACAAAUGUUUUAACAUUAUAAAGCGCACUGCGCGACCCGGUCAUCAACGGUCCUGGGACCUGGACAACAGCAGACUGACAAAGACUGCUGUUGCACUAUCGCUUGGUGACGAUAUCGCCGGCACCAACAGCAGCUUCGAACUCAAGCCGGAUUCUACUGGCCACAGCGGAUCGGAUCGAUUUUCCCCCUAUUGUCAGCGCAAACAAAUGCAGCCUCAACUCCACGGGACACCCGUUGCUAAAUCAAGGCAGAAUAUUUAUGAAAAUUUUCCAGCAAAUCAAGCACACUUGCCACCGCCACUGUCACGAACCGAAACGGGUCAGCAGCGAACGGGUGGCAUUGCUGACGGUCACUCCUUGCCAGUCGGUGGCAGUUGCACCAAUCUCAAACAGGCACAGUUCCCGCAGCCGUACGACAUCGAGGACGCAGAAGUGUUUCAGCUGAAAAAUGCACUCAAACGGCCACUUCCGAGAACACCGAUACUGCCUCCGCUGACGACCAAUGUGGUGGUCACAUCAUCAUCUCCAGCAACCAUCGAGUAUGGCGAAGAGGAUAAUCGCAACAAAAGUUCAUUGACCAGGUGCUAUCCAACAAAAACCAACCAGCAGCAGCAUCAGCAACACCAAAUCACAACACCAACCUCCUACCGGACGGAAUACGAACUAUCCGGUUCGUACGUGUCGCUCGAGUGUCCCUCGCCACCAGGACCGCCAGCAUGUCUCGCGUCGGACAGCCGGCGAGAUCCGCAGGCCCGACUGAUUCGCUACCUGAAGACACUGUACACCGAGCUGGCCCUAAAGGAACCGGUACUGCCAACCUGGGUUCAACCGGUCGCACCCGGAGCUCUGUGUCCGGCCCGGUUGGAGCCCGAACUAAGACUGCACAUCCAUUCGCACGGUUUGAAUGAGUGUAUUACGGUGGAUCAGAUCCUGGCCGCCGUUCAGACAAAGGACGGUCCAUUUCUGGAAGCCCCUCGUCGGGUGCUCAUCGAAUGUCCCCCAUGGGUUACGCGAAGUGCCCUGGCUCUCCGGAUAUUGUAUGCAUGGAGUCGAGAACCACCCUGGCCUCCACGAGGUCAACCUGUAGCGUUAGCUCUUUUUAUACCAUUAAAUGAACUUAAGGGAUCGUUAGCACAUUACGUAGGCAAGGAACUGUUACCUCGUGGUUCGCCGAGUCCAUUUGCGUCCGGGUUCGGUGGUUUCACUGCUGCCUGGAACACCCUUGAAUCGCUCAAGAGUAAGCUGCUUAUCAUACUGGAUGGGUACGACGUGCAGAAUAAAUCCCGAAAGAGUAAAUCGUUGCAAAAAGAUAUCACCGAUCUGCUGGAGGGAAGACUAUUUCCCGAAGCACGGGUGAUUCUGAUCAGUGUGACAUCGUCAUGUGGCGAAUUGCUACCGCUAAUGCAACGACAUGUGACCUUCGAAGGAAUUGCCUGGGGUCGUUCAGUAUCCCUACUCGGUGGUGGACAGUGGGGAGCACCAACUAGAUUGGUCGAUUGUGUACAAAAUUGUCGUCAUCUUAGAAACAUAGCUAGAACCUCGCUAGGCUGUUUAGCGAUUUCGGCAAUAUAUGGUUCUAACGGAGGUGACUUACUGACAGAUGAAAUUGACGUUAUUGCCUCUGUUUUCAACUGCGUUGCAGCCAAUUCUUCGCAUACCCAGGUGACGGAACUGGGACGGUUAGCACUAUUUUGUCUAAAAACUAAACGGUCGACUGUUACUUCGGCUGAACUGAAAAUGUACUGCUCAUCGCCAGAAACCAACAUCAUCGGAUGUUUAGAUAAAGCACCAGCCUUCGGUAGAACUACUAGAAGAAAGUCCGAAUUCCAGUAUACAACCAUCUGUCCGGGUAUCGCAGAGUUCUUAGCAGCCAACUAUCUUGUCUCACUAGCCAGCCGACCUGGAUUACUGGCAGCGGAAGUCGCGGGACUCGCCAUCGGAGAUGAAGUCGAACCAGAAAUUCUUAAAGUUCUUACUUACGCUAUGUCGUUGCUGGGACCCCGUGCACAUUCGCUUCUCUCCAAACUAACCCCGCUGUGGUUAAGUCCUCAGACUAUCUUCUCCCUAGCACUAGCUGGUGGAGAAACCGAAGCCAACCUCACAGCUCUCUGUGAAAUUCUAGGUAUUUCAAAAUCCCCUCCAAUACCGCCGCUGGAAGCCAAACCCAUAUGGGUUCAAAUCAAAUCGGCCCCAGGUGAGUUGCAAGGCUGGGGUCUGGCACUCAAAAGCCCCACGUGUACACUGAAGAACCUUGAACUAGUCUAUCAAAUUGAGAAAAAUAUGCUACUGGAAUCGCGUAACGUAAUGGAUAUCUUCCUAGACGCCUUGUCCAAGAACGAGAGUGUCACGACACUUCGGAUCACUUCAUUGAUCGAAAAUGAAGUACGUGAUUCGGAUAUAAAUUAUCUAGCUACAUGCAUAUCGAAAGCUAUACUAAAACCAAGACUGGAAAGCUUCGAGCUUAUUCUUACGUUACUGGAAGAAGAUCCCCCGAUUCUCAAGCUACAAUCUGUAGUGACCGGCCUUUGCAGAUCUAUCCCACGGCAGCCGAAGCUUAGCAAUCUAAUCCUGGACCUUGGACUGUGUACGUCACAGUUAGUCCAGAUCUGUUCCAUGCUGGAAAAGUGCCCACACGUAACCCGUUUGUCAUUUCCGCACCUUCGUUGCGAGCGAGGAGCUGUAGGCGCCCUUGCCAGUUUGCUGACCGCCCGGCCUCUGUCAUAUCUAGCCCUUGCGUCUAGCUGGGGUGCUCGUGAUGAUCCACCUUCUUCCAGUGGUGUAAGCAUGGGUUCAGGCUCCGGCAGUAGCUCCGGUAACUCUGGUCUCAUCAAGCAGUCCUCCCUGACCGGAGCUCCAUCGCCACGAUCCUAUCCAACCGGAAUAUUCUCAUCACUGCCCCGAGGAGUCCUUAAUUCCACUUCCAAUAUGGGUCGAUCGGCAACACUGCCGCGUCAACCAAUGGAAGGUCCACCGGAUAAGCGAAGCACCGAUUCUGUUAUUUCACGAACUUGGUAUCCCACGCCAGCUUGUGACGGCGGACCUCAUAAUUCUGGAACUCUUCAUGAGCUACUGCUGGCAGCACGAGAUGCCUAUUCACGUCUCCACGGACUUGACCUCAGUAAAGCUCAACUCUCGCUCGAGGAUUCCAUGUGUCUAGGUGAAACUGUACGCGUUUCUACUACUCUCCACUCGAUUAAACUGGAGGGUGCCUCCCGGUUAAGCGAAAUUCUACCGACAGUGUUGGGCGCCAGCGAAUCGCCUACCUUACAAAUGCUAAGCCUUGGAUCACCCCGAAUCGCGCUGGAGGAUGCCGCCGUUGGAAUGUCAGCACGUGCCUUGGGUAGUUGCAUUACGCUUAGACUGCUUAGUUUAGAUGGCUGGAGUUUCAGGAUAGAUAAUAUCGGAACGUUGGCUUCGGUUCGUGGCUUUCUGUCGCUCACAUCGGUUCGCGAACUGGGACUCAAUAAUUGUCGAAUGAAUUUGUCCAUGUUCAAGAGUGAUCUCGUUAUGACUAGCUCUGCUUAUGAGUGCCGGUCGGUGGUUAAUCUGAAGAUGGCGAAUGCACAGGUUAUUUUCGCUGAUCACGUUUCAAUGAAAGGGCCUCACGUUCUGCCAUAUUUGAUUGGUUUUGUGAAUCUACGUGAGCUGGAUCUAUCCGGUCCGGCACGGACGGGUUUGGGUAGUAAUUCAUCCACUCCACUGAUACUUUCCGAUAAGGACAUCAUUGGUUUCUUCGCUACGCUUAAUGCGAACUUUAGCUCUCUCAACACCCUAAAAAUAUGCAACUGGAUCAUACAUCUGGAUGAUGCUCUACGCACAUUAAAAGCAGUCUCAAAGUUGUUCAAGUCCAGCCCGAUAAGUCACAUCAAGAUUGACGGCAUAAUCGUGCUCGAUCGACCGAAGAAACAACGGAUCGAGUCACUUUUUAUGCAUGCUCUGUUGGGAUCCUUGCCCCAGCUACGGUGGAUGGGAAUUACCGUUACCGGGUUAAGUGAGGCGCAGAUCACGGACAUCGGCAGCUACUGUGCGGACAUACGUGGAAUGGAGAUCGACGUGAGACUGUGCGAUUCGACGAUCGAAAAUGCAAGAUUAAUGACCCACUCGCUCGGAUUGGACGGGAAAUUCGACAUACGGGUGUCAACGUUCGGCACGUCCAACAGCAUCCUGAUCCACAUCGAGAAAACCUCCACCAAGAGUGUCUCCCGCAAGUAACUACCGGUACCACCGCUCAGUGGUACUUCAUUCGACGGAAUUGAAACAGCCAAUAGAGGACGGAUAUUGUGGGAACCGCACACUGUCGAGUCUCGUGAAAACAGGAAUUUGAAAGGAAAUAGACUGUCAUGCGAAUAGUGGUGGCUUAUAGAGAGAAGAAAAAAAACCACAAUGACAGCAUAAUAAUGUAUUCAUUCUGAACGGAACGGCAUGCAAUGGCGAAUGGCACGCAAUGCUACCCAUAUAUUGCUACUACUUUAAAUACUAUCGAUGUCUUUUUACGCAUUUAUGACGGCUAUUUAUCGAUUUAACCAUGGGUUUCGCCUAGAGAAACUGAGUGCUAGAGAACAACGGAGAGGGAAGCUGCAUUGUUUGACAAAAUAUCCAAAGUUAUCAGGAUACAUGUACUGGUUUUUGAUUGGUUUCGGUUUUGGCAAACUCAACGAAUGAUCCAAAAUGCCCAAUCUCCGCUGUUCUUUUUCAAGCAGUUUUUUCUAGUUUCCCCCAGCAUUUCAUCUUCACGAUUUUUGUCAUCAAUUCAACGCGGCUAAUGUUUUUCAGCGUUCACAUAUUAAAAGUGACAGAACUGAGAUUGUUAGAAGAUGUUAACUGUUUGUGUUAGCAGAUUUGAAAUAAAAACUCCAAAACUCCUGGUGUUUUGUAAGUAUUAACAUUAUUCACAGAUCUGCGACUGAAUGUAGUUUUUUUUAUGCUAGCUAGGAAAGCAUGAAUUAUUUCAAACAUCAAUCAUUGUAUCAUGUCAACCCUCCGGAAGUCCGAUAGCUCUAAGACGAUUUCGCUUCAAUUUCAAAACGUGCAAUACAUACGUAGCUUUCGAAGGGGAGAACAUGCGAAAUCUAACAAAAGCAAUAGAACAGCACUGAGGAAAAUAGCAUUUUUGGUAUACCUAUACACUGACGUUGGCGUGGGAAGACGUUAUUAAAAUAUAAGUUCCAAAGUAUUAAAUUUUAGAAUACAGCUUAUAAUAAUUCUUAUCUUCGGAGACAUUCUUGUAAUCUUUUUUGAGGAGUAUAUUCGAGUAAAAAGAGGGUAUACGAAGGGAAUCCGCGUGAGCGAUAGCACAGUGAACGGAUAUUUUUGUCCGAAAAUGCUGUGUAAACAUUCUAAAGGAAAUACGCUAUAAAUCGACAUCACCAAUCAUAACCUCUUCUAAUUGCAACUAUUUUCUGCUGCGCCAGUUAUUUUUCCUUCCAAUGCAUUAAAAAUUUUACUGGAACGUCACUUAACAGUGGAGAUCAACGAAUCAACUGGGCAUCAUUUAGGUUACCAAUCCGGAAGUACAAGUUAAAAUCAUCGGUAGAGAUAUGUGUUAGGCACUUUAAAACGAGAUUGAUGUCAUUGAUGUAAAUUAGGAAUAUGAGAGGUCCAAAGUGACUUCCUUGUGGUAGCUAUUUCAGAGAUACCAUCUCCUAAUUUAACUGACAUUUCGCAAUCAUCUGGAUACGCAUCUAGCCAGUCGAAGAACUUUCCAUGGAAACCGAGACGCUUGAGUUUCGCUAUAGCGAUUUCCUGAUUAAUUUUGUUAAAUGGAGCAGACAAAUCGGUGUAAAUUGCAUCCAUUUGAUAUUCUUUCUCCAUCUUUUGAUUUUUUUUCCUUUGAUGUAGGAUGUAUGACAAACUAGAAUAAUAAACACAUUGUUUGAAGAUUGUACCCAAAAAGGCAAUGAUUUACAUUACAAAAUUUGAGGGUAUAUUCUUUUAGGUUCCUUUCCAAUUCAACACAUCACGACACUAAUACACAUCCAAACAAAUUGUCAGAUUUUAUGUUACCAGGUGGCAUAGCACCGAGCGAAGGAACGAAACCCUUCACACUCGACAAUCACUUUUGAGAACAUUUUCACAGUUUCUGACAGCUUAUAGCACCAUACUUCACCAUUUUUUUGAUGAAGCGGCGCGGGACAAUGUUUCUCCUCUAGUUCCAACUCAAAGUAAUUAUCACAAUACAGACAAAAAAAGUUAUAACGAAACAAAGCUGCACAGUGUUUCGCAUCUGCAAUGCCAGAUGUGACGACGUCUUCAUUUUGAAGAUAUUUGAAAUGCUGUGGAGACACAGUGUAGAUAUUGAAGACUAUUUUUCCGGAGAUCUGGCUGGAAUCUGAUUUAAAACCAAUAACCGAUUCCGAAUCCACAAGACAAAUAGACAUUUUUAUUGAAUGUGAAGACAUUGGAAACUUGUAUCUGGUAUUUCUGUUUCCCAUUCAAGUUAAGUUUGUAACGGCCGGCUAGCACAGGCUUUGCAUGCAAACUUAGGUAGAAUCGAAAAUGCGAAUACGAGGUAGUGAUUGUUAACAUAUUUUUAUUUGAACGUUUACACAAGUUUUUCGAAAAAAAAUCUAAUUUUUAUAUCUGUUCUCUAUUGUAAAACUUUACAAAAAUGCUAUUUCCCUUUUCGCUGUACUCUUUCUCCAAAGCAAUUACUCCUAAUACUUAGCUUGUCAUAAUUUAAUGUAGCAAUUAUCGUCUUUCUGGAUUAUUUCGGUGCACUCAGCAUGAUUCAGUUUCGAGCACCAACUUGCUAUCUCUCUUCAACCUAUACGAUCUGGCUCAAUCCAAAUGGCAUAAUAUUAAAGAAGACAAUAUUAAAAUUUACAAAGUUGUUGAUUCAAACCAACCAGACAUUGAAAUAAAAUUAAAAAACUUCUAAAGUGUAAUUUGAAAAGUCGUUGAGUUUGACUUUUCUUGCAGAAAAGUAGUAAAACAAACUUUACCUAACUCAAAGUUAGUCAUUGGAGAAAGAGAGAUAGAUCCAAUAUUUAGAAAAGGAUAAAACACAACACUGCUAGGUUUAUCUGUUUGUGUACCAGCAGAAAACGGUUCAUGUACGUCGUUAUGUUUGUUGCAUUUUAGACGAACCUGAAAUUUUACGAAGUAAAUAGGAUAAUAGAUAUUUUAUGUGAAACAUAAAGAUAUAUUUUGAGAUUGAGAAGAUAUUUUUUAGCAAUCAAAAAUUGAACCUGUGGGAAGCACAAAUUUAAUCUGUUAAUAUUGGUUCAGCACAAUAAAAUAUAUUUUCCCGGUGAAACAGGAUUGGAAAUCCGUGAACCUAAUAUUUGUUCGAACACGGUUCGGCUCGCAACCCAAAAGAUUUGGCUUCCUUAAUUGUAUCGACCUAAAACGUUAAGUAAAUAGUAAACACACAUAUUUUACGCGAUUAAAUCAUUGACAAUUGAAAAAAGUAUAUAGUUAUUUAAAAUUGUAUAGGUUUUAUUUUUUAGUGUGACGCAUACGCAUAUAGGCCAAAUGUGCUAAUUUGUUGAACGAAAAAAGUAUUUAUUGGAACGGUAGAAAAAGUUACAAGAAAUCAAAGCCGCUGUUGAAAAAAAACAAUGUAAUCGAUGUAGUGUGUUUAUAACAGAAGAUAAGUGAAUUCAAAGCAACCCUGUUCACAGUGUAUUUUUAUUUGUAAAUUAACGGACAAACUUUGCGGUAAGCCUGUGAAAUCACUAAUAAAAAAUAAUAUUGUAAUGAUUAUGUACGCCUAACGAUGUCACUCACUAUAGUUAAUGCGUUAAGAAUGACAAAAACUAACAAAAAUGAACUAAAUGAAAGAAAAGUAAAAUUCUGAACAUUAAUAUACACGUCUUUUAGCCAAAUUUGAUAACAAUAUUUGACGAGAAUAUAGCGAAGCAGAGCGGUUAAUUGCAUUAAUCUAGAAACAAAAAAACACUUGUCGAUCACAGUUUAGAGGGAGCAACAAAUAUCAAUCGGUUCUGGAAGAUGCGAAAGCUCCGAUUUUUCAACUUCUGACAAGAGUAGACAGUGUUCUGUGUGUUGAUUGAUUAAUAAGAAAAAAAGUGGAAUUAAGUAAAACCAAAACUAAAUGUGAACUUUACCCCCAUUAUAGCGUAACGAAUGUUGCACUGACCCUCUGGUACCAUAGAAAACAUCACAAAAUUACCGUAGGUGGUAAACAGAAGUGAAAACAAAAACAAACUCAGCAUACAGUUCCCAUUCAAAUGGUGGACUUUGGAAUAAAAGUUGAUGAGAAAUUAA